UCCCACCGAUGACUGCGAACAGCAAGUGAGAGAUCAGGAAUAUUUAACAGAAAUCAGAAUGCACAUGCCAGCAAAAACAAUUGGCAGAUAUAUUCCACAAUGGAAAUCGACAUCUUCUAUAAUUUAUGUGCUUCUGGCUAUUUCUUACCUGCUGAUCAUUGUAUUGUUUGGGCUUGUGGCAUCCCAAGGAAGCAGCAAAUGGCAGCAACAGCUAGAAAGCAUGUACCCAUGUGGAACCAAAAGCAGAGAAUGGAAACAUUUUGAUGGUGCAUGUUACUUCUUCUCCAUCCAACAAGUUAUUUGGCACACAGCAAAGAGUCAUUGUGAAGAACAGAAGUCAGAAUUGAUAGUCAUUACCAAUCAGUAUGAACAGAAUUUCGUCCAGGCUGAAACCAGGGGUCAGCGCUACUGGAUUGGACUCAGUGAUCACAAUGAUGAAGGGCAAUGGAGAUGGGUUGAUAGCACAGAUUACAGAACCAGCUUCAAGAAUUGGUCAGAAGGUGAACCCAAUGACCACAGCAGUAAUGAAGACUGCGCCGAGAUCUCUCAGGGUGGCAAAUGGAAUGAUAUAUCCUGUAACACAAAAAUAUUUUAUGUAUGCAAAAAAUCUUUACCUUCCUGAAAAAUCAUGGGCCCAAAAAAUCUGAAGGAGAAGGAAAUCAUGUACUUUGGAAUCCCAACUAUCCUGCUGGAAUGUAGCUAUAUAUUCACACACACACAAACAAACAAAAAAAAAAAAGCCAGCCCAAUCAACCAGCCGAGCAGAGCAUAACAUAGCAUAGCAUAGCACAUUGUACUUAGAAAUGUUGGAUGGAGCCACUUUGGUAAUGGUGAAAUGACUGUUCAGAUCCCAGGGUUCUUUGAACACACAAACCAACCAAAGGCUGACAGUAACCUAGAAGCAUUACCCAUGACUUGUAACCAUUUCUCCAUCUAAUCACCCAAACUAUCUAGAAUUCUCUGUAAUAAUUGUGAAGGAAAUACACUCUGAACUUGCUCAGAAGCCACUGAAUCUAUGUUUAUUUACCCUGGGUCCGAGGUUGAACCUUGGUUGUGACAACUGGUGCCUGCAGGGAUAGAUCAAGAAGUAGAUGCCAUAAACCAACAGCAUAUUUUGGCCUAUAUUAGUUAUCUUGUUUAAUUAAAUAAUAAUACUAAGAUUGCAGCAGGCGUCCUUGCCCAUGCAACAAGAGGUCGUCAUUGUAUUCAAAUCUUCAUUUGAAAUCAGCACAUCACCUUAGAAACAGUUAUCUCAAUUGGCACUGAAUCAGAGGUGGGUUUCAGCAGGUUCUGACCAGUUCUGGAGAACCGGUAGCGGAAAUUUUGAGUAGUUCGGAGAAUCGGUAAAUACCACCUCUGACUGGCCCUGCCCCCAUCUAUUCUCUGCCUCCCAAGUCCCAGCUGAUUGGGAGGAAAUGGGGAUUUUACAGUAUCCUUCCCCUGGAGUGGGGAGGGAAUGGAGAUUUUACAGUAUCCGUCCACUGCCACGCCCACCAAGCCAUGCCACACCCACCAAGCCACACCCACAGAAACGGUAGUAAAAAAAAGUCUGUUCAUUUCAAUCUUCGCCAUGUUCCGACCUAUCCUUUUCAAGGUACUUUGCAAAGUUGUACGUGCGCCUCCUAAUAAACUUCAAUUUAGACACA